CGGAGCUUUUAUAACAUAGAAGACAUCUUAGGAGAUUUCUCCAGUGCUGGCAAAACUGGGGAGCAACGAAAGGACACCUAUUGUCGAGGGUGGUGCAGUGUUUGUUACGACCAGCAGGAGAAGAGGAUGUCAGUGUCGGGGAAGAAGGAGUUUGACGUGAAGCAGAUCCUGAGGCUACGCUGGCGCUGGUUCAGUCACUCCUCCCAGAGUUCGGCCGGCAGCGGGAGCUACAUCCAGCAGGAGGGCUUUGAUCACCGGGGCAACCCGGCCCAGAACAGGUUAAAGAGUCAUUCGCGGGACAGGAGCGGGCUCCGCAAGAGCAACAGCCCCGUGCACAGCAUUCUGGCGCCAACUCCGGGACCCACGCCAGUCUAUGCCAGACCCGGCCAUCAAUCAUGGCACCAGCAGAACAUCAUCCCACACCUGCAGUCCAGCGAGGAGCUGCCUAAAACCGGCUCGCCAGAGAGCGCCAGAAAGGAUGAUGCCAAGACCAGCCAGGAUGAUGUGAAGAGCCACCCAGAGGACCCUUUAGAAGCGGAAGCGAGAGAAAGGUUGUCUCUAACUACCUACUCUAGGAUGAACUCCCAUGGCUCAGAUGAGUUUUUCCAGGCUAUGAACCAUGCAGAGCAGACCUUCCGCAAGAUGGAGAACUAUCUCCAACACAAGCAACUCUGCGAUGUACUACUGAUUGCUGGAGACCACAAGAUCCCUGCUCACAGGCUUGUGCUGAGUGCUGUCUCCGACUACUUUGCUGCAAUGUUCACCAAUGACGUGCGGGAGGCCAAGCAAGAGGAGAUCAAGAUGGAAGGUGUGGAUCCAGAAGCUUUAAGAUCGCUGGUUCAUUAUGCGUACACCGGUGUGCUGGAGCUAAAGGAGGAGACGAUUGAGAGUCUGCUGGCAGCUGCCUGCCUGCUGCAGCUCUCCCAGGUCAUUGAGGUAUGCUGCAACUUCCUCAUGAAGCAGCUCCACCCUUCAAACUGCCUAGGAAUCCGGUCUUUCGCCGACGCCCAAGGGUGUAUGGAUCUCCUCAAUGUGGCCCACAGCUACACAAUGGAACACUUCCUUGAGGUUAUCCAGAAUCAGGAAUUCCUGCUGCUCCCCACGGCUGAGAUCGUGAAGCUCCUGGCCAGUGACGACAUCAAUGUGCCGGACGAGGAGACCAUUUUCCAGGCGCUAAUGAUGUGGGUGCGGCACGAUGUCCAGCACCGGCAGCAGGACCUUGGCCUCCUCCUCGCCUACAUCCGCCUGCCCCUCCUGCCCCCCCAGCUCCUUGCUGACCUUGAAAAUAAUAAGAUGUUUUCUGAUGACCUGGAGUGUCAGAAGCUCCUCAUGGAAGCCAUGAAGUAUCAUCUGCUGCCAGAGCGCCGGCCCAUGCUCCAGAGCCCCAGAACCAAACCCCGCAAGUCCACAGUGGGCGCUCUUUAUGCAGUAGGGGGCAUGGAUGCAACCAAAGGUUCUACUACGAUUGAAAAGUAUGACCUCCGCACGAACAGGUGGAUCCAGGUUGGCAUCAUGAAUGGACGGCGGCUACAGUUUGGGGUGGCUGUGAUCGACAACAAGCUUUACGUGGUGGGGGGCAGGGAUGGUCUCAAAACAUCCAACAUGGUCGAAUGCUACAACCCAAUAACCAAAGUGUGGUCUACAAUGCCCCCCAUGUCAACCCACAGGCAUGGACUUGGGAUCGCUGUGCUGGAGGGACCCAUGUAUGCUGUUGGAGGCCAUGAUGGAUGGAGCUAUCUGAACACAGUGGAGAGGUGGGACCCACAGGCACGCCAGUGGAAUUAUGUGGCCAGCAUGUCCACCCCCCGGAGCACAGUUGGUGUCACAUCACUUAACGGAAAAUUGUUUGCGGUCGGAGGUCGAGAUGGAAGCUCAUGUCUGCGGUCCAUGGAAUGCUUUGACCCACACACCAACAAGUGGAGUAUGUGUGCCCCCAUGACCAAGAGGCGGGGUGGAGUGGGCGUGGCUACGUACAACAGCUUUCUGUAUGCAGUUGGUGGCCAUGAUGCUCCAGCCUCCAACCACUGUUCAAGGCUCUCAGACUGCGUGGAGAGAUAUGACCCCAAAACGGACACAUGGACCACUGUGUCCUCGCUCAGUGUCCCUCGGGAUGCAGUGGGGGUCUGCCUCCUGGGAGACAGACUGUACGCUGUGGGCGGAUACGACGGCCAGUCCUACCUGAAUAGCGUGGAAUCGUACGACGCACAGAACAAUGAGUGGACUGAGGAGGUGCCUCUGAACAUCGGCAGAGCUGGUGCCUGCGUCGUAGUUGUGAAAUUGCCUUGAAGAUGCCAUUCUGAUGAACAAGAGGAUUUCCUUUGUGCCAGCUUAAGGCCUCUGAUGUCACCACCAAGAACAAUAUACUGAUUACACCACUGUCAAGAGCAACAUAUGAAUCACAUUCCACAACAGGCGCUGUUUCAAUGCACUGAUACCCAGACCAACCCAGAAGAUUUUUCACUUGAAUAAAAAACUUAUACAGCAAACCUGACUAGUUCAGAGGACUAGAUGAUGAUGAUGAUGAUGAUGGGGGGAUGGUGAUGAUAAUGAUGAUGAAAAAUGGUGUAAUAUUUUCCAUUUUUGAGCCAACAAAGGCCUCAACUCAAUCUAAUCACACAAUCUAUUCUUUGUCCUUAAAAAAUUAAAAGCUAAAAAAUUGGAAUCAAAAGUAAGCAGCGAGCAUAUUGCCUUUAAUUGAGUGGAGACCAAAAAUAAAUUAUUCUCUUACAUAAAAUAAAAAUAAAAAUACAUUAAUUUUGUGUAAGAGUGGAACAGUGCACAGCCUAUAGACAAUAAAUACAAAAUACAUGAAAUAUCCACUCAAACAAUAGAAUAUUGACUCUUUUAAAUGGUUUCUUUGACAAACACAUUAUGAUUGAAAGGAUUUGUCCCACAUCAGCACAUAUUGUGUUUGAGGUGUCUCUUUAUUCCUUUUCUUUUCGCCACUUGAAAACAGAAUGUAAUUUCAGAUGAAGGUAACAAAGCACCCUUUUGCUUCAUUCAUGGGCGUUCUGUGAAAAAUGUAUUUCUCAUUUUUAGG